CAAUGGCUGAAACAGUAGAAUGCUUCACAACAGUCGACCUACCACAGGAUUCCGGUCAGGCUGCUGCAAUGAUAGACCUCCUACAGCAGACCAACUGGAUCCUGAUGGUUUCCGACACUCUCAUCCUCCGGGCCAACUUCUACCACCCUGACGUCAAGCUGUUCAGCACCAUGGUCAUCACCCUGCAGUACAUCCCAGGGGGCACUGUUGAACUGCAGCCAAACAUCCAGACCUUCCGACUGUUCCAGUACCAAACAACAGACGACUUCGUCCAGAUGCUUUUCCACAUCUUGUUCCUGGUCUUCUACAUUUACAACAUUCUUCACGAGAUUUGGGGCAUACGGAAAAACGGUCGUGUCUACUUAAACAGUUUUUGGAACAUCUUGGUCCUGUGCGGGAUAGGGUUGUCUACGGCUGUUAUUGUGACAUUCGGACUACGUUAUAUCUGGGCAGCUGCUGCAUUGGCGGAUAUACAACAGGCUACAGGACUACACGGCAUUAAUGAGUUUAUAGACAUGAGUGCUGCCAGCCAAUGGGACGCUACCUUCAAGGAGGUACUCACCUUCUCCAUCUUCAUCAGUACCUUCAGCAUCCUGCGGGUUCUCAACUUCUCUAAGAACGUCGCUACCGCCUUCACUCUUCCUCGUUUGAUGUACCAGGAGGCCUUUGGGUUCCUGACGUACAUGGUGAUCCUCCUACUGUCCUUCACCAUCAGCGGGAUCUUGAUAUUUGGGAAACACAUGAAGAGUUUCUCCGCCUUUAAGGAGACGUACUUCGUCUUAUUUGAGAUGAGCUUAGGUAUGGCGUUCAGUGACGUCUUCGGGGAUGACAUCAAGAGAGUGGAUAGUGUCCUGGGACCGCUGUACUACGCUACAUUCGUCCUAGUCUUCAUCUGCUGUCUGGUAAAUCUAGCAGUCGGGAUGCUGUGUAACUGGCUGAGCUACUGUCAGACGUCAGACGACAUUGAGGUGGACACCGCGAUGGGAGAUUACUUCUGGAACUCCUUCAGGAGUCUUCUGGGUAUGCGCCAUGAGACCCAAGUCUUUGAAGAUGAAGCGCCACUUCCGGACCACUACAUGGACGAGACCCUCCAGCGGACGGAAGCGGUACUGCAGGAGGUGGACAGGGUCACUGACCUGAUGUAUCAGUUUGAGUGCCGAGGCUUUCCGGAACUGACGGAUGAAGACACGUGUAUCGCAGGCGGAAGUGGGUUGUAAAUCUAGGCCGCAGUUCAAUAUAGAACUUCUCAAUGCUAAGUAUUUGAUGUGAUUAGACCUUUUUAUUGAUUUUUACCAAGAAAAUAGAAAGAAACGGUUAUCUUAUAAGCACGUUUGUUCUUCAAUAAACAGAUGUGGCUAGAAUAGAUAUAGACAAAGUAGGAAACGUGUAGGCAGUGCCGAUUGCGAUUAGUGAACAUGUCUCUGUUUUUUUGGUUAUAUUUACGAUAAUUUUAGAAGCAUAAUAUUGGAAGACAUGAAUGACAAAUGAUAUUGGAAAGACAUUAUGUAAUAAUACUCACCGGUGUAAACCGAAUGUAUGAUGAUGAUGAUAUUGUAAA